GUCGUGUCAUCAGUGAGUGACAGUAACAUCAGGUUGUGAUUUGUGAAGGAAGAAAGGGAAGAAAGAAGAAUCAGGAGAAGGAAAUAAUAGUCAACCAUGGCAGGGAGAUUGACUAACGCAGCAUCGAGGAUCUUGGGCGGAAACGGCGUCGUUUAUCGAUCCGUAGCUUCCUCUCUUCGGCUCCGCUCCGGCAUGGGCCUCCCCGUCGGCAAACACUACGUUCCCGACAAACCCCUUCCCAUGAAUGAAGAACUCUUGUGGGACAAUGGCACUGCAUUUCCAGAACCGUGCAUAGAUCGUAUUGCUGACACUGUCGGAAAGUAUGAAGCAUUGGCCUGGCUAUGUGGGGGAUUGAGUUUUUUCGCGUCUCUGGGAUUGUUGGCUGUGUGGAAUGACAAAGCCUCCAAGAUACCAUUUACACCCAAAGUAUAUCCAUAUGACAAUCUGCGAGUGGAGCUUGGUGGUGAACCAUAGUUCAAAAUAAGGGAUCGUGGAGGACUUGCUGAAACCAUCUAAAGGAAUGGAAGAGCCGUAUCUGGUUGUUCUUUUGACCAUUCUCAUGCUUAUGGUGACUAUUGUGAGGAGUGAGCCAGUAUUAUGCUCAUCAUGUGUUUGGAUAUGCAUUAUGAAAUUGAUUUUGAAUCAAUAUGAUUUUAUAAAAUUGAUGUUAAUAUACUCAA